AUGAUCAAGGCUUCCCUGGCCCCUCCCUCCUCCUCAUCUUCCCUUUCCUCUCUUUCCUCUCCCUCGCGCCAGGAGGGAGAGGAUGGUGAUGAUGAUGAGGAUGGUGAUGAUGAUGAGGAUGGUGAUGAUGAGCAGGACGGAGGGGAUGGGGACGAUGAUGACGACGAGGAGCAGGCGCUGGGCUUCUGGGGAGCGAUUGUCUGGAUGGGCGUCAUCACAAUAUUUAUCUUCAUUCUCUCCAAAUACCUUGUAGACGCUAUCGAGGGAGCAGCGGACGCGUGGGACAUCCCAGUGGCGUUCAUCCCCAUUGUGGGGAAUGCUGCUGUGCUCUUGCCCCACCCUCUCCACUUCCCCUCUUCCUGCCCCCCCCCCCCCCACUGUUUUCCACUCCUCUGCCGCACUCUGCUCCACUCCCUCGUACUCCUCCGCACUCUCCUCUCUAUUUUUCAGGGAGCAGCGGACGCGAAGGAUAUUCCAUUGGCGUUCAUCAGCGUCAUCAUCCUGCCCAUCGUGGGGAACGCUGCUGAGCAUGCAUCAGCCAUCACGUUCGCCAGGAUAAAGUGGUGCGUGCCAGUGGGGCGAUAA